AAGCCAAAAAACUGUCUUCGUAGUUCUCUCUCUCUAGACAGUGAUUGAUCUCUUUUGCUUGUAUUGUGUAUUCCUCUGUCGAGAGAGAGAGAGAGAGAGAGAGAGAGAGAGAUGGGUGGGUGCUGUCCGCCGAUGGAUCUGUUCAGGUCGGAGCCGAUGCAACUGGUUCGGCUCAUUAUUCCCAUCGAGUCCUCUCACCUCACUGCCUCUUACCUCGGCGAUCUCGGCCUUCUCCAGUUCAAAGACCUCAAUGCAGAGAAGAGCCCAUUUCAGCGAACUUAUGCUACUCAGAUUAAAAGAUGUGGAGAGUUGGCGCGCAAAUUACGUUUUUUCAAGGACCAGAUGUUGAAGGCAGGUUUCUCUCCAAAAUUGUCCACAACAAGAGCUGAUAUCAGUUUGGAUGACCUAGAGGUUAAACUUGGCGAACUUGAGGCAGAGCUGAUUGAAAUGAAUGCAAAUGGCGAAAAGUUGCAACGUGCUUAUAACGAACUUGGAGAAUAUAAGCUUGUCUUGCAGAAGGCUGGUGAGUUUUUUCAUUCAGCUCAAAGCAGUGCCUUGGAGCAGCAUAGAGAAUAUGGAUCGCGUCUAACUGGUGAAGAAUCACUGGAUAUACCUUUAUUAUUGGACCAAGAAAUGUCAAUUGAUCCAUCAAAGCAAGUUAAGCUGGGGUUUCUCACUGGCCUUGUUCCUAGGGAAAAGUCUAUGGCAUUUGAGAGGAUUCUAUUUCGUGCUACUAGGGGUAAUAUUUUUCUGAAGCAGACUGUAGUAGAGGAUCCGGUCACUGAUCCCGUUUCUAGGGAGAAGGUUGAGAAAAAUGUUUUUCUGGUUUUCUUCUCUGGAGAAAGAGCAAAGAACAAAAUUCUUAAAAUAUGUGAAGCUUUUGGUGCGAAUCGCUAUCCUUUUUCUGAGGACCUAAAUAAACAAGCUCAAGCAAUCAAUGAGGUUUCAGCAAGACUCUCAGAGCUAAAGACUACUGUAGAUGCUGGACUGCUGCAUCGAGGCAAUUUGUUACAGACAAUUGCAGAGCAAUUUGAGCGGUGGAACCUUUUGGUGAGGAAGGAGAAAUACAUAUAUCACACUUUAAACAUGCUUAGCCUUGAUGUGACAAAAAAAUGUCUUGUGGCAGAAGGUUGGAGUCCAGUUUUUGCAACCAAGCAGAUCCAGGAUGCGUUACAGCGUGCAGCCAUUGACUCCAACUCGCAAGUUGGAGCUAUUUUUCAGGGUUUGCAUACAAGAGAGUCACCACCUACAUAUUUUCGCACAAACAAGUUCACUUCUGCUUUUCAGGAAAUUGUUGAUGCAUAUGGGGUGGCAAAGUAUCAAGAAGCAAAUCCUGGUGUAUAUACUAUUGUUACAUUUCCGUUUCUAUUUGCGGUCAUGUUUGGUGAUUGGGGGCAUGGAAUAUGCUUGUUUCUUGCUACGCUAUAUUUUAUAGUCAGGGAAAAGAAACUUUCUGUUGAGAAGCUUGGAGACAUCACAGAGAUGACCUUUGGUGGUCGUUAUGUCAUUUUGAUGAUGUCAAUCUUCUCAAUCUACACAGGUUUGAUCUACAAUGAGUUCUUCUCUGUUCCAUUUGAACUGUUUGGCCGCUCAGCAUAUGCUUGCCGUGAUAUUUCUUGCAGAGAUGCUACUACAGAGGGUUUGGUCAAAGUGCGCUCCACAUACCCAUUUGGCCUUGACCCUGUAUGGCAUGGUACCCGCAGUGAGCUUCCAUUUCUCAACUCUUUGAAGAUGAAAAUGUCCAUUCUUCUUGGGGUGGCCCAAAUGAAUCUCGGAAUCAUAUUGAGCUAUUUCAAUGCCAAGUACUUUGGCAAUAAUAUAAACAUCUGGUUCCAAUUUCUUCCUCAGUUGAUAUUUCUAAACAGUCUGUUUGGCUAUCUCUCCGUCCUCAUUCUCGUGAAGUGGUGCACUGGUUCACAAGUUGACUUGUACCACGUAAUGAUAUACAUGUUCCUCGGUCCAACAGAUGAUCUGGGUGAAAAUCAGCUCUUUGCUGGGCAGAAAACAGUACAGCUUGUGCUACUCUUUCUGGCUCUUAUUUCUGUUCCAUGGAUGCUGCUUCCAAAGCCUUUUCUUUUGAAGAAGCAAUGCGAAAAUAUGCACCAAGGCCAAUCCUACACCUUAAUUGAGGGCACUGAGGAGAGCUUGCAAGUCGAGUCGAACCAUGAUUCCCACAAUCACGAAGAGUUUGAUUUUAGUGAAGUUUUUGUACAUCAACUAAUUCACACCAUAGAAUUUGUUCUUGGAGCAGUCUCAAACACCGCUUCAUACCUCCGUCUAUGGGCGCUCAGCCUUGCUCACUCAGAAUUGUCCAGUGUCUUCUACGACAAGGUUCUGCUUCUUGCUUGGGGGUACAACAAUGUUAUCAUCCUUGUAGUGGGCAUCAUUGUCUUCAUCUUCGCCACAAUUGGUGUUUUGUUAGUGAUGGAAACUCUUAGCGCGUUCCUACAUGCCUUGCGACUUCACUGGGUCGAGUUCCAAAACAAGUUUUACGAGGGAGAUGGUUACAAGUUCCAUCCAUUUUCAUUUGCAGUUACCGAUGAUGAUGACGAUUGAGGCAUCACAUCGUCAUAAUUUAAGUAAUGUGGUGAAGUUUGCGUGUGGAUAGGUAUGGUUUAAGUUGAUUCUUUCAUUUGUAAUUGGACGCAAAGGAAAUCGGGAUUGUUGGAUGCAACUUGCGGGGGGAUAUUCGGAGCUCUUUUCAGAUCCCCAUCUGUUUGUUUAUUUGUUAUCGAGAGGAAUAAGCAGGUCUUGGGCCAAGAUAUGGUAGCUUUUGUGGCCGUAUGUAAUAAUAAAAAUGAAUUAUUCAACAAACUUUCUAUUUAUAUCUCAACUAAUAAUUAUAAUUUUUAUGUGAAAAA